AUGACCCUAAUCACACUAAUUAUCAACCCCCUCAUAUAUAUUGUCCCCGUUCUCCUAGCAAUAGCCUUCCUCACCUUAGUAGAACGAAAAAUCCUAGGAUAUAUACAACUACGAAAAGGCCCAAAUAUUGUAGGCCCUUACGGGCUUCUCCAGCCAAUCGCAGAUGGGGUAAAAUUAUUUAUUAAAGAACCAGUAAAACCAUCAACCGCCUCUCCAACACUUUUUCUAUUAACCCCCACACUAGCUCUUACUCUAGCACUCAUCUUAUGAAUUCCCCUCCCAAUACCACUAGCACUUACAGACUUAAAUCUGACUAUCCUCUUCAUUCUAGCAGUUUCUAGCCUUUCAGUAUAUUCUAUUCUCGGCUCCGGCUGAGCCUCAAAUUCCAAAUAUGCCUUAAUUGGUGCACUCCGAGCAGUAGCACAAACAAUUUCAUACGAAGUUACCCUAGGCCUCAUUAUUCUUUCCCUUAUUAUAUUUACAGGUGCUUUCACACUUAUUACGUUUAAUACCACACAAGAAGCCGUAUGAUUAAUUAUACCUGCUUGACCACUAGCAGCAAUAUGAUUUAUCUCUACCCUCGCUGAAACAAACCGCGCCCCUUUUGACCUCACAGAAGGAGAAUCUGAAUUAGUAUCAGGAUUUAACGUCGAAUAUGCAGGAGGCCCCUUCGCCUUAUUUUUCCUCGCAGAAUACACGAAUAUUUUAUUAAUAAAUGCCCUAUCCGCAAUUCUAUUUCUCGGCCCAUCAUUCAACAUUUUAACCAUUAAUCUAAAUUGAGCUAUUAAAACAACCCUCCUAGCUUCACUAUUUCUCUGAGUGCGCGCCUCAUAUCCUCGAUUCCGAUAUGACCAACUAAUACACCUAGUAUGAAAAAAUUUCCUCCCCCUCACCCUCGCCCUUAUUAUCUGACAUAUCUCCCUGCCAAUUUCCCUAGCAGGCUCACCGCCACAACUUUA